AUGCAAGCUGCCAAUCGUCUCCAGACAGCUCUUCGAACGGGCCGGGGGGUGUCGUUCGGCGCAUGGCAGAUGCUCCCUGGCAUCAACCAUGCGCAGAUAAUGGCUAGGAGUGGCUUUGAUUGGAUUUGCAUUGAUACAGAGCACGGGAACAUUGCAGGUAAAGAAUCGAUGAAAAAGGAAAACAUUGGAACUGAGGGGAUCCUCGCAAUAUGCGAUACAGUUAAAUGUUUCUUCAGAGAUGGGGUUGGGUAUAUGCUGCUGAAUUCGGCUGAUGAUGAGUUAUUUGCUAUUAUAGAUGCCCAAAUGCACGAAUCUGUUGCUGCAAUUGCCGCGACGGGUGUCAGUCCUGUCGUACGGAUUGUUGCCAACGAGUCAUGGAUGGUUAAGCGUGCAUUGGAUGCGGGAGCUCAUGGAAUUAUCGUACCCCUCCUUUACACGGUAGAAGACGCGAAGGCGCUGGUUGAAUCAGCCAAGUUCCCUCCCGUGGGCAAAAGGGGUUUUGGAAGUCCCUUUUCUAUGACCUCGUUUGGAUCUAUAUCCCAGACAGAUUAUUUGUUUCAGGCGAACGACGCUUUGCUUACAAUUGUUCAAAUAGAAACUAAGGAGGCUUUUGAAAAUGUUGAGGAGAUUGCAAAGGUGCCAGGGGUUGACGUGCUACUGGUCGGUCCAUGGGACCUGGGAAAUAAUAUUGGCAGACCCGUUACAGGUGAUUUCCAUCCCGAUCUGGUCGCUGCAAUUGAGAGGAUUCGCAAGGCGGCUAUCGGCAACGGCAAAAGGGCUGGUAUUUUUUGUGUAUCUGGGGAGUCCGCAAAGAAAUAUGCAGAGCAAGGUUUCCAGAUGAUUUCCGUGAUUGCCGACGUCACUGCUCUUUCUACACAGUUGACCAGCUCAUUAAAAACCGCUAGAGAUGGCUUGUGA